CUCACGACACACUCCGAACAGUGAACACCAUGCCCGUACAGAUCAUAGAUCUUUGUGAGUCUGAUACAGCUGAGGCUGAUCCGAGCGCUCCCGGUCCGGCUGGAGUGACGGCAAGAACUUGCGAUAAAAGAACUAUUCAGGAAGUGGUCCUUGAGAAUCAUCGGAAGUCCAAGAACCACCCCGUUGUCUGGAAAUGCUAUCGGCCACAAGGCUGUGGGAAGAAAUUCCCCGAUAUUUUCAGCUUCUUCACACAUCUCUGUUUUAGUUCGCGGACUCCUGAGGAACGCUCUGCAUUCCACAUGAAUAUGAAAGAGAUUUAUGGGGAUCAUGGGUUGCUCUACCCGCCCAGACGGGCCAGGAUGGUACACGGCUACAGUGCUAUCGAAAGUGCUCCAGCGAGACAGAAUUCGCCCGUGGAAGCUUCCUUUCAAGACGAAUAUGCAUCAGAUGGCAGUGCUGCUGAUUGUAUGGGUGACUGCAUGGACGAUGAGGGAAUGUAUCGACAUCUGGUAUGCAGUUCGGAUGCUGGAAGGUUUGACUGCAGAUGGUGUGAACAGCCGUUCGGCUCCCAUGCUAGGUAUCUCAAACACGAGAAGGACGAAUGCAUUGUGAAGCUCAAAGCAAAAGAAGAAGGUUACGACUCCGCACAAAGUGAGCGUGAGUGCGCCGGCAAUUGCGCGGAUGAAGACGGGGUAUAUCGUCACCGGAAAUGUGACGAAAAGUGGCUGCCAGGAAUAAAAAGUCUGGAAAAGUCGUAUCUGGCCUUUGUGAGGAGUCAACCUCGUCGGGAAUGUUUCAAAUCACGUGGAGGAUGUGGAAAGAGCUUCAAGACCACUUGGGGGUUUGACAAGCACUCUUGUGCCAGAAAUUCCAGAGAUCCGACACGUUUCACGGAAAUGAUGCUGGAGCUGAUGAGUAAAGGAACACAACAUACACCGAAGAAGAUCAGACGACCGCGAACGUCAUUGCAAGGAACCAAUGCCAACGAAGCUGGAGGGACACAUCAAAAACUGGCCAAACCCAGUGAGACUGGCAUAUCGGAGGCUGAGCUUGUCUUUGCUGCUAUGGAUGCCAUGAGUCCGCCCUCUACAGAAGUGCGACAGUUUCUGCGGAGUCUAGCUAGGCAGCAUGCAAAUAAGGUGAAUGGCUGACAAAGAGCCGGAGCAGCAGUCUUACUUGAAUUUGUACUGGACAAUGUCUCUCGUGAAAAUUUCUUCGACAAUGGAAAAGAUCGAACAUGAUGGAGAAAGCCUGGGUUAGGCGGUACUCAUAUAUUAGAAUGGCGAUUUUACAAUCAAGAAAUCAAUCAG